AUGGCAUGGUCCUGCCCUUUCCACAGCAUCAAGCAUGAGCUUGAUGCCCUGCAGUCCUGGCAUGUCAACCUUGGUUUCAACCUUGAUGGUUUCACUCAUGGCCAGUUGGAAAGAGCAGUCUGGGGCAUCAAGUGCACACAUGGCCUUCACCCAGCUGCAUCCAAGCUCCCCAUCACCCUCCCCCUUCUCCAAGCCAUCCUCAAGCAGCUCCAGUCCAUGCCCCUUAGCAGCUGGGACCAUCAGGUCAUUGCUGUGGCCUUUGCUGUCUCUUUUGCCUGUUUCCUUCAAUGUGGCAAGGUUGCCUGGAACCAGCCAUCACCAACUCAGUUGCUGGUCAGGUCUGUCAUGUGGCAAAUGGACUAUGCCAUACUCCUCCUCCCAGCAUCCAAGACUGACCCCUUCAGGCUUGGGACCCUGCUUGUGGUCCCCAAAGUUGGCAGGGUGGAGUGCCCAUAUGCCAUGCUCCACCUCCUCUGUCCUACCAUCCAUAGGCCCGAUGCUCCCCUCUUCAGGCUGCAUGAUGGGUACAAACUCCUCACUCAUGUGACCUUCCUCCAGCACCUUUGCUUGGCACUCUCUCACCUCAGGCUGGACACAUCUCAGUAUGUGGGACACUCCUUUUGUCAGGGAGCAGCCACUUGGGCAGCAUUGCAGGGUGUCGACACAGACACCAUCAAGCUCCUCAGUCAGUGGACCUCAGACUGCUAUCACUGA